UGGGAAGUGUGUUGGCAUCAGAGAGUAUAUAAGCAUCAAACAUUCACUGCUCAGGGCAUUCUCACCCUACGCUGACAGACACAUCACCAUGUGGUCUUCCCUGGCAGUGCUUCUUGUGAUCUUCGGACUCUGCUUUGCAGACAAGCCCCUUACUGAAGUUAAUGAGAAGUCUGAGAAAGAAACACCACCAGUAUGUGGGAGGCCGGCUGGACCAAUCCGGCGUGACCGACGCAUGGUGGGGGGGCUGCUUGCUCCCCAUGUCCCCUGGCAGGUCCUGGUGUCUCUAAAAGGGAAUCUAGUGAGGGGAGGGGGGGUCCUGAUCUCUGACCGCUGGGUGCUGACCACCGGAAGGAACCUAAUGGACAGCUUCAGUAACGCCACAGAGAUGCCACAUCUCCCACGGGUGUAUGUGGGCAUCACAAAGCUGAGCCAUGCCAACCACAGUGCCGAGGUGCCAGUUGAGCAGGUGAUUAUGCAUCCCCGUUUCCAGAAUAGCUCAGAGUGGGAAAACGAUCUGGCACUAAUUAAGCUUGGGGACAAAGUGUCCUUGGGUCAAAAUGUGAUGCCCAUCUGUCUGCCUGUCAAGGAGUACGUAGAGACAGGAAGAGAAGGCCACGUGGCGGGCUUUGGGAUGGGCGCAUUCUUGGAGUACUCUAAGCACCUCAAGUACCUGACGCUGGCUGUGGCUGACCAUACACAGUGCCAUGACUAUUUCAACUCCAGCGCCCACUUGCUCAGAAACGUGCCUGUUGUGAAUGAGAACAUGUUCUGCACCAAUGUCACCAGAUACAGUGAGAACACGUGCUGGGGAGAUGCAGGGGCAGCCUUUGCGGUGCAGGACCCCCAGGAUGGUGCAUGGUAUCUGGCUGGAAUCCUCUCCUUUGACAAGAGCUGCUCUGUAGAGACCUACAGCGUCUUCAUGAAGCUGUCCAGCUACCUGCCCUGGAUAUACCAUGUCCUGGGGAAUUACACAGAGGUGCAGAACGCAGCUGGGAGUAAACUUUACACUUGAAGUGGAUUAAAAUUCCACACUGCAUGUCAUUGAAAAAUAAUAUAAGAUUACUUCAAUUGUUUAAAAUUUUUAUUGCCUGUAAUUUAUAUACUUUUAUUUUUUG